UUCAGGAAUGCAGGAAUGCAGAAUGCGCAUGCGCCUGAGGAGCCUUUUAAAGCCGGGAUGCUGCACGGUCCUGAUGCUGCGGUCAGCGUUUGGUCAACAGGACGAUAUCCAGAGCAUUCAAGGCUGAUCCGACUGCAUCACUGCGUGUGUGAGAUUCACAGUAAUAACCGUCUUUAAGCAGAAAGUGUUCACACGGGUGGAAAGUUUGAUUCUAUUAAUCUACGCCGAGGGGAAAGCAUUUUAACGGGAUUUUCCACUGAUCUCUGCACAGCAUCAAGUUUUCCUCCGGCUUGAACUUUAUCUCAGGAUCUUCACUGAGUCUGGGGUUUGUUUGGUUUUGUUUUUGUUUUUUCCUCCUCCUCCUGCGUCAGGUUCGUCAUGAUGGACGCGGCGGAAUGCGGAGUCAAAGUGAUGUGCCGAUUCAGGCCACUGAACGAGUCGGAAAUCAACAGAGGAGACAAAUACAUCCCGAAAUUUAAGUACGAGGAUACUGUGGUUGUUUCGGGAAAGCCCUAUGUGUUUGAUCGAGUUCUUCCUCCAAACACAACCCAAGAGCUGGUCUACGAUGCCUGCGCUAAACAGAUUGUUAAAGAUGUUCUUGAUGGAUACAAUGGAACCAUUUUCGCCUAUGGCCAGACUUCAUCAGGGAAGACCCAUACCAUGGAGGGGAACCUCCAUGACUCAGAGCGUAAGGGCAUCAUUCCUCGCAUCUCUCAGGACAUUUUCGACCACAUUUACUCCAUGGAUGAGAACCUUGAGUUCCAUAUCAAGGUAUCCUACUUUGAGAUUUACUUGGACAAAAUCAGAGAUCUAUUGGAUGUUUCGAAGACCAACCUCGCUGUACAUGAAGAUAAAAACAGGGUACCAUAUGUCAAGGGCUGCACAGAGCGCUUUGUGUCCAGCCCCGAGGAGGUGAUGGACGUUAUUGAUGAAGGCAAAGCCAAUCGUCAUGUCGCUGUCACAAAUAUGAAUGAGCACAGCUCGCGCAGUCACAGCAUCUUCCUGAUUAGCAUCAAGCAGGAGAACGUGGAGACGGAGAAGAAGCUGAGUGGGAAGCUCUACCUGGUGGAUCUGGCUGGAAGUGAAAAGGUCAGUAAAACAGGAGCAGAAGGAGCUGUCUUGGAUGAAGCUAAAAAUAUCAAUAAAUCUCUCUCUGCUCUGGGCAACGUCAUCUCCGCACUGGCUGAGGGAACUAAGACGCACGUGCCGUACCGAGACAGUAAGAUGACGCGAAUCCUGCAGGACUCUCUGGGUGGAAACUGCAGGACCACCAUCAUCAUCUGCUGCUCACCGUCCGUCUUCAAUGAGGCCGAGACCAAAUCCACGCUUAUGUUCGGCCAGAGAGCCAAGACCAUUAAGAACACAGUGUCGGUCAAUUUGGAGCUAACGGCCGAGGAGUGGAAGAAGAAGUAUGAGAAGGAGAAGGAAAAGAACAGAGGCUUAAAGAUCAUCAUCCAGCGGUUGGAGAAUGAGCUGAAGCGCUGGAGGAGAGGUGAAGCAGUUCCAGUUGAAGAGCAGCAGAAAAGUAAAGAAAUGAAGAACUUAGAAGCCACGCCCACAAUCGACAGUCUGGCCCCACCCCCCCAACCUCUUUGUGACACGGAGAAAACCAAGUAUGAAGAGCUGAUCAGUGACCUCUACCAGCAGCUCGAUGACAAGGACGAUGAGAUCAAUCAGCACAGUCAGCUGGCAGAGUCACUGAAACAACAGAUGGUGGAUCAGGAUGAGCUGUUAGCGUCGACGCGGCAUGACUGUGGGAAACUCCAGGAGGAGAUGAUGCGUCUUCAGUGUGAACAUGAGGCAACCAAAGAGGAGGUGAAGGAGGUGCUGCAAGCGCUGGAGGAACUUGCCGUCAACUAUGACCAGAAGAGCCACGAGUUGGAGGAGAAAGGAAGGAGCAACGUCCAGCUCACCGAUGAGUUAACGCAAAAGAGUACAAUUCUAUCCACUGUAGAGAGGGAUCUGGCCACACUGCAGGAAGUGAGUGGACACCACAAGAAAAGAUCUGUAGAGAUCUUCAGCAUGCUGCUGCGAGACCUCAGUGAGAUCGGCACCGUCAUCGGUACUAGCGACCUUAAGACACAGACAGCGGAGGGUCCUGGAGCGAUGGAGGAGGAGUUCACCAUGGCGCGCCUCUACAUCAGCAAGAUGAAGUCGGAGGUGAAGUCGCUGGUGAACCGCAGCAAACAGCUAGAAGGAGCUCAGGCUGAAACGGCGCGCAAGAUUCAGGCCAAUGAGAAAGAGCUCGCGUCCUGCCAACUCCUCAUCUCACAGCUCCAGGCCAAGAUAAAAUCGCUGAACGACUACAUGCAGAACAUGGAGCAGAAGAAGAGACAGCUGGAGGAAAGCCAGGACUCGCUGAUGGAAGAGCUGGCUAAUCUCCACGCUCAGGGAAAGAUGCAUGAAGUGUCUGUGAUGGACAAAGAGAAGGAGCACAUGAGCAAGAUGAAGGAUGCUGAAGAGAUGAAGAAAGCGCUGCAGGAGCAGAUGGAGAGUCACCGUGAGGCCCAUCAGAAGCAGCUGUCACGCCUCCGAGACGAAAUCGACGAGAAGCAAAAGAUCCUGGAUGAGUUGAAAGAUAUGAACCAGUCUCUUCAGCUGGAGCAGAAAAAGCUCUUGUCUGACUACGACAAGCUAAGAGACGAGGAACAGGAGAAGGACGAGAAACUGCAGAAACUAAUUUUGUUAAAUGAGAAACGAGAACAGGCCAAGGAGGAUCUGAAGGGUCUUGAAGAGACUGUGACAAAAGAGCUCCAAACUCUCCACAGUCUGCGCAAACUCUUCAUCGACGAUCUUAACACACGUGUCAGGACAAAUGUAGAGUUGGACUCAGACGAGGCAGGAGGCAGCCUGGGUCUGAAACAGAAGAUCAUUUUCCUGGAGAACAAUCUGGAACAGCUCACCAAAGUCCACAAACAGUUGGUGCGUGACAAUGCAGAGCUGCGCUGCGAGCUGCCUAAGCUGGAGAAGCGUCUUCGAGCCACGGCCGAGCGAGUGAAAUCCCUCGAGACGUCAUUGAGAGAGGCGAAGGAGAACGCCAUGAGAGACCGCAAGCGCUACCAGCAAGAGGUGGAGAGAAUCAAAGAGGCAGUCAGGGCCAAAAACCAGGCCAGGAGGAACCACACAGCACAGAUCGCCAAGCCCAUUCGCGCUGGACACCAUGCUGGACAUCACCCUGCGGCCUCUGGCUCACCGGGUCAUACCAUCAGAGGAGGAGGGGUGCAGAGCCCGCGACGUCAUCACUACCACCAGAUGCAAACGGCUCAGCAGCACUACCACCACAGCAGCAACAGCAGCAAAUAAAGGAUGUCAGGAGGAAAAACAGCGUAUCCUGAGCUCACUCAGACUUUCUUUCCAUCUAGACUUCAUCUGUCCACGAGAUCACCAUCCACGUUUUUGUAGUUCUGGAAAACCAACACAACCGCUGAAGCCUUUGAUCACGUACAGUACUGGACAGAAACUCUACUUCCUUAUCUUGUGGUGGACUGGUUUUGUACUUACACACACACACACACAAACACAUGUGAAAACAAGGAGCUGCCUGUUACAUUCAAGUGAGCACAAUUAGUGUGUGUCCCAAACCUAGAGAGUUCUUUCCUGCUAGCUAAUCAUGUAAUUAGCGGCUCGUAUGAGUCACAUGAAUCAGCACAUGCAGGUAAAUCCUGACAGAAAGCACGGGAACACUAAACACACAUGACCUCUGGCUACAUGUUACACCUCACAGUGCUAAUUUCUCUUUCAUUGCACAAUCAUUAGACUGUUUGUUCUAAUGCGCGUUCCUCAGUGUUAAUACUGCUGUGUGUAUGUGUUAUGGGUAAUCCACUGCAACUCCAUCGUUUAAACACACUUAGAAUUUAAUCUGUCUCUUAUAAAUUUUCUUAAUAUAGCUGAUGGUCAAGUAUUAACCG